AUGGCUCGAGAUCCUACGCCGGAGCCUGCACGCAUUUUGCGGUUCAAAAAUCAACUGGAGAAGGGCUGGGCCAAGGAGGCCCAGCUUACGAAACAGCGCGAAGAUGCUAAGUAUUCGCGGUCCAGGGGUUCUCGAGCCAUCGGCCAGAAUGUCGACGUUGAGAACAUCCGCAACUCCACUCACCGCGAGAAUUUCCUCGGCCACUCCGUCCUUGCUCCCGUCGGUCGCGCCGAGCGCCGUCGUGACCCGCUGUUCUGGAUGCGCAACAGGCAGAAUGCCGAAGAUCGCGAAGCGCUCGCAAAGGAGAUCAAGGAAGUUCAGGUUCGCGACAAGAUGGCCAUGAACGACCGGCUCGGACGCCCGACGAUGGAAGGCGUCGACGAGAUCCUCAACCCGAAGCCGCCCGCUCCGCCCGCUCCUGUCGCUGCUCCCGUGGAGAAGCCCGAACGCAAGCACAAGCAUCACCACCGCUCUCACCGUUCUCGCCGCGAUCGCAGCCGCUCUCCCGGCCACCGUCACCACCACCGUUCCCACCGCGAGCGCAGCCGCCCUCGUGACCGCCGUCACCGCCACGACGAGCGUGACCGCAGCCGUUCGCCGGACCGUCGCCACCGUCACCGCAGCCGCUCCCGUGAGCACCGUCGUCGCACUCGUGAUGGCGAGCGCGACCGCGAACGCGACCGCGACCGCGAACGCGACCGUUCUCCCGACAGGUCCCACCGUCACCGCGAUCACGAGCGUGACCGCCACGACAGCCGCGCGCACGAGCAGCAGCACCAUCACCACCACCGUCGCCAUGAGGACGACCGCAGCUUCUCCCGCCGCGGCAGCAGCUCGUCUUUCUACAGCAACCGCGAUGGUGACCGCGAGCGCUCGUUCGCCCGCCGUGGCAGCAACGCCUCCUUCUAA